CCAAGGGCUUUCCCACCGCCCGCCCCACCGCCCGAGCGCCGCCUCCAGAUCGAGCGUGCUAGGGUUUGCUCCGCCCCCCGCCGCCGCCGAUGGCUCAACGCUUGCGCUCGAGGGCGCGGCGGGACCCGGACCUGGAUGAAGACAGCGGCGUCGGCGGCUCCCCGCCGUCCCGGCACUCGCGCCGGGGCGGGAGCGGCGAGGAGGAGGACGACGACGUGGGCAACGAGGACCUCAGCCUGGAGAUCGUCGCGCGCGCGCGGCGGAGGCGGCGGAAGCGGCGCGGGGAGUCCGGCGGCGGGGGCCCCGGGCUCGCCGACCUGCUGCAGGUGUCCUCCGGCGACGAGGCGGAGGCCGCCGGACGCCCCGCGCACGCCGACCUGCUCCAGGUGUCCUCCGGCGACGAGGAGGCCGGCGAGGACGCCGUGGUGGAGCUCGGCGAGGCGGAGGAGUCCCGGAGGAAGCAGAGGAAGAAGCAGCGGAAGAGGCAUAGGAAGAAGCACAGGAAGGAGGCGGCCGAGGCUGCAGCGGCGGCCGCCAACGGCGCCGGCGAGGCCGAGGAGCAGGAGGAGGUUGGUGGCACUCAGGAGGGACCAAUUGGGACAGCAGAAUCGGUGCUAACUGAAGAUGGGGCCGAUGUCCCUGCAUCUGACAAUAUGGUUCUAAGGAAGCUUCUUCGCAUACCGAGAUACUUCGAUCCUGGGGAAACAUUGUUGGAGACUUGCUAUAAUUGUAGCGAGGAAGGACAUGUGGCAGCAAACUGCCCAAUGGAAAAGAGGAAGAAACCUUGCUUUGUUUGUGGGUUAUUUGGGCACAAUGCAAAGCAGUGCACGCAGGGUCAAGACUGUUUCAUCUGCAAAAAAGGUGGUCAUAUGGCGAAAGACUGCCCUGAUAAGCACAAGAGGAAUGACCAUCAAUCCACUUUGUGUUUAAGAUGUGGAGAAAUAGGUCAUGAUAUGUUUGGAUGUACCAAUGAAUACCCACCGGAUGAUAUUAAGCAAAUAAGAUGCUACGUAUGUAAUCAGAAUGGUCAUCUAUGCUGUUUUGAUGUUGCUGACAAUUGUCCCAAACAAAUUAGCUGUUACAAUUGUGCCAAAUCUGGUCAUUCUGGUCUGGGAUGUGCCAAGCAACGCAGGGAAACUAGCGCUAUCUCAACUCCAACCGAGUGCUACAAAUGUGGCGAGGAAGGCCACUUCGCACGUGGCUGCACAAAGAAUGCCAAGUUCGAUCGGUCGAAAGGCAAGUCGUCAUCACACAGUCAGAGAAAGGAAAAAUGGAAAAAGGACUCCAGUGCAAGAUCAGCUCCUCAUGAUGCCCGUAAAACAAGUAAAAGGAAAAGCCCCCAUUUCGAGGACAGAAUGGACAUACCUCGGCACAAAUCCAAAGCUAGGGGUGGUUGGACUGGUGGCAAUGAUCUUGAUGAUCUACCGUUCAAGAAGUACAAAUCCAAUGCAUGGGGUUCUCCAUCUACACCCAAGAAGCCGUACACGAAUCACCAGAUCUCCGGCGGUGACUACUUCACACCUCAGCCCUCACGAAGGCACAACCAUGGUUAUGCAUCACCGAACUCGAAUUAUUCACCCAGUGCAAAGAAGCAUGGGUUUUGGUCGUCAAGAUUUGGUGCCAGCAACACCCAUGUCCGGUUCGGGAGAAGUUAGCUGGACGCGUGUGUCCAAUUUUGUUGUUGCUUUACCAAUUGAUUAUGAUUGUCCCCUGGGGAUGAACUCUGCUUGUAGGUCCAUUCCCUUUGAUAGUUGUUUGUCUAUUAAGAUUAUAUGUAUUGCGGUUCCAUUCAGUUUUGACUCUGAGCAAGCUUCCUUGGUGUCGCGCUGCA